UAAAUCCCCCGUGGAGCUGAGAGACUACGAUCCUGAAACCAACUUCAUGUACUGCCCUGUGCAAUGCUUCGUAAUGUCCGCUGUGGGAAGACGAGGCUGUGUUAUGUAGUUCAGAGUUUGAAAAUGAGUUCUCCGUACUUCAUGCAAAGCAGCUCUGUUCUCACCCGGAGCAGCAGUCUCGGCGCGGGCGGUGGACCCGCGGCCUCUCUGAGGUCCAAACUCAGCAGCAGACAGAGGGAUGUGGACGCCGUUCCUGCACGGAAGGUGAAGGUGGAGGAGGCGACAGUAUCCGAAGAGAAGCCCUCUUUGACCCCUUCAUCCAGCGAUGGCUGCCAGGAACGCCUCCGGCCAAUCACAGAGAUUGAAGCGUCAUCGCCGCCGCCGCCGCCUCGCGGUCGCAGGAGGAGACAGGUUAAGGUGGAGUAUGACGAAGACGAUGGCGCCUCCCGGGUAAAGGCGGAGCACUGGGAGCCUCCAGACUGGACGAAGCAGUUGGGUUUCAUCCGUGAGAUGAGGAGCGGUCGAGACGCCCCAGUGGACAACAUGGGAGCUGAGAAAUGCUACGACACACAAGCCCCCGCACAUGUGAGGCGUUUCCAGGUGUUGGUGUCGCUCAUGCUGUCCAGCCAGACAAAGGACCAGGUGACGGGCGCAGCGAUGCAGAGGCUUCGGGCGCAUGGCUGCACAGCAGAGAAUAUAGUCGCCACCGACGACAAGAAGCUGGGAGAGCUCAUCUAUCCCGUCGGCUUCUGGAGGAACAAGGUGAAGUUUCUGAAGCAGACGUCGGCCAUGCUGGUGACGGAGUUCGGGGGAGAUAUCCCGAACAGCGUGGAGGGUCUGGUUCGCCUCCCGGGAGUCGGACCUAAGAUGGCCCACCUGGCUAUGGACAUCGCCUGGGACCAAGUGUCUGGCAUAGGAGUGGACACGCAUGUGCAUCGCAUCUCCAACAGGCUGGGCUGGCUCAAGAAACCAACCAAAAACCCAGAAGACACACGCAAGGCUCUGGAGGAGUGGUUGCCAAGGGAGCUGUGGAGCGAGAUCAACUGGCUGCUGGUUGGUUUUGGACAGCAGGUUUGUCUUCCAGUCAGCCCGCUCUGCUCCGUGUGUCUGAACCAGCACAGCUGUCCAUCCGCACACAAAUGUUCUCCCGCAAAGAGACCCAAACCGGGAUCACCACGCUCUCCAGGUCCAUCGCGCAAAUUUAAGGUCGAAUCUGAACCUGAACAGGAAAGUGAUGGCAGAAGUAAGUCGGCAGCAAACCAGAAGCCACCAGACUAAGAAGGAGUGUAAAAAAACAACAACACUGAGCUGCUGACUUAUGAUGUUGGACAGAAAAAACACAAUGUGUUUCAUAAUUAAACACAUGCAGUGAUUGAUAGGAAUAUUUUUGUACUAUUUUAUUUUUUCAACUCAAAUAAAUAAAGUGAGAACUGAAG